AUGACGACUGUAAGGGUUAUGCUGAGUCUGGUAGUAGUUGAAGAUCUACAUCUGGAGCAGAUGGAUGUAAAAACAGCUUUCUUACGUGGAGAUCUGGAGGAAGAAUUGUACAUGGCACAACCACAGGGUUACAAGGUUCUAGGUAAAAUAGAUUUGGUUUGCAAAUUGAAAAAGAGUCUCUAUGGGAGAGACAGUGGUACAGAAGGUUGGACAGGUUUAUGUCAGAAAAUGGGUACUUCAAGUGUCAGUCAGACCAUAGUUGUUUCAUCAAACACUUUGAUACUGCAUAUGCAAUGGUGUGGUCAGCAGAUACAUGGGCAAUCCAAGCAAGCAUCAUUGAGAGACGGUAAAGUGGAUUCUCAGGUUGCAGAAGAUUGUUUGACUUACAAAUACAAAUAUGUUGUUAUUACUGAUGCUAGUAAGGAGAUAAUUUGGCUACAAAGUUUCAUGGUGGAAUUGGGCAAGGAGCAGAGGAUUGGAAAGCUCCACAGUGACAAUGGACAGUUGUUCAUGGAGAAGAUACACAGCUUAGAAUCUUGUGGAUAUGUUGACGAAGGUGGUGACUAUUGA